AUGUCCACUUCCUACUCGGGAACAGUAGUUGGUGUCGAUGUCGACCUUCAGCACGACUUCCCUCAUUCAAUGGCCGAGCUAGAACGGCAAGCUUCACUCUCUGAGUCACCUCCGGAGCCGGAUCAAGUUGCUGAGGCAGAACCUACGCGUCGCUCAAUCACCUCAUCCGCAUUGACGUCUUUACUACCAAUAGCUGCAGCAUCGGGCAUCGUUCGCGCCAACUACGACACACCGAAGAUUUCAUUCUUCUCGCCGUCCGGCAAUCUUAUCCAGCCAGAGGGUAGUUCGACGCCAGGCACUACGAGCGCUUCGGACUUCAGCGGCUCACCCACUGCAACCACAUCGUACUACGAUAACAAAACCACACCUGCAACCUAUCGUGCGUUCCCGACAACGACAUGCCUGCCACCCCCAAGGCCCUCUUUGAGGCCAAUGACCACACCACCCACAUCCUCGGUUCCGCUCCCUAUGCACCUACGUUUCCAUCACAACUACAAACGCCCUGAGCAGUCGCAGAUCGACUCUACAGUUGGCUCCAUAGACUCGUUCAUCUUGCCUGCACCGUUAGUUCAAGGCUGUGACGGCAUAGCGCAAACCGAAAGUCUUGCGCCUUGCUCCAGACCGCGUCAUUCGUACGAGAAGCUGAAUGUACGCCCGCGCUACAAACCUCGCAGAUCAGCUCGAUCAUUCGCCGAGGACCUCAAAUAUGAGGCGAGGUUCCACAGAGCCCGAUUGAUCACGGCCAUCAUCGCAAGUUGCACCUCGUCUGGAAAAGGAAGGGUCCUUCGCAAGCGAAAGGCUGCGAACCGUAGAGCCGCAGCAACCGCAUACGUUAGCAUGCCCCGAAGCUGCGCAGGUGAGGCUACAGCCAGACCUAGAAAGAAACGAGUACACCCCCGUCAACCCACAGCUCGGCGCGAAGUAGGGGUCCUCGGACCGCUUGCCGGGCACAUACUGCGGAUUUGCUUCUGCCAGCCAUACGACGGUGCAGGCAAGACGACGGCCAGCGGCGCUACCAACAAGACGUGCAUUGGCAAGAGCAGCAACCACACAGCAAACACGCAGAGCGUAUCGAAGAAGGAAAGCCCUCGCUCCAACGCAAACGACGUCGACGUGGAUGCAGCCUUACCCAACGCGCGGGUCGUGACCGGAACCGAACGGAAGGUCAGCAAUACCGUACGCCAGCGCACCACGGUCCGCAAGGAGAAGAGGCACUCGUCCACCGGCUCGAAUCACCACUCCAGAACGCGCAGUGACAGUGCCGUCAGCGUGGGUGUGGCAUCCAGCACCGCUACCGUGCGUGGCUAA